UUAUUUGUUCAAAAUGGCCACCGUGAGAGUACAAGCGAAAACUUUACCGCUUUUACGACAGUCUUUUGCAAUCUGGCAAGCUAAAAGGUAUUUGAAUGUUUUCUGUAAAUUAUGAGACUAAUAUCUAUUUUGAUUUUGAUUUUUUUCGUUUUGUUUACACGCUAUAAAUGAUUACAAAAAAUUUUUCCCCAGGUGCUUAGGAUUAUGUUGCUGUCGGCUUUCACCCGGCUUCGACGCUGUUUCGAAGAAAAAGAACCAAAGCACUCUGGAAACUAACAAUCAAAGCAUAUGCGUGAUACCAAAGAGAACUUUAUUAGGAUCUUUCAUUCCGAAUCCCCUCAGUGCUUCGAACUCGCGAAGAAAAAAGUAUUCAGAAAGGCGGAUACUCGGGUGAGCUUUGGACCUUCAGUAGUUUGUUAUGAUUGUUUCUGUUGAGUCAUAAGCAGUCACAGCAUGACAAUAUGGUGACUAAUCUGCUAAAGUAGGCUGUCAGACAUUGAGGGGAUAAGUGUAGUUUAGGUCUCUAUGGUUUUGUUUACACCUUUGAUUUCCCAUAUAAAUUAUGAUAAGCUACUUUUAAAAGUGACUUGAAUCAGGUUACAAUACUUCUUAUUUUACAGCAGUUACACUUAACUACUGCAUGUACAUGUACUGAUAAUGCCAAUUUUCUAUUGAUUCAUGGUUGUUUCGCCUACACGCGUCAUUUUGCUAGUGCCCAAGCCUGCGUAGCUGGCAGGAUCAUCACAUCGGCCCAUGUUGGGGCCGAGGAGUUGUGAAUCCAUGCAGAGAAUGGGGACAAGACACUUUGAAAGAAUUCCUUGCUCAUUCAGUGAUCACUUCUUGGAAUGACAGGUUCAUUGCCAAAAUCUUAGUGGAGAGGACAAACAAUUCCGCCAGCUACACGGGCUACCAGCACCCUGUUCCCUCACAUCUUGAAAUACAAUGUUCAUUAACAUGUUAGGUGAUUCCCCAACUAUGACGUGUAUUGAACUUUGUUUUGUCAUGGCUGAAGGAGCGACCUACAAACAUCUGUAGCCCUCAUUUCAUUUCUCAAGCAAAAUGACUUGCCCCCGUCAGCAAAUGGGGCAUUAGCACAACGACACAUAGGUACAACAACCUUUACCUUUAUAGUUGACCUUUUAUGAUUCCAAGAAAGACUCAAAUGGGAUAAUGCAGUGGUGGGAGCACUCAGCUUUCUCUCUUUGUGUCUUCAUUUCCUGUGAUCCCUUAUGCCAUAUGUGGUUGGAGUUUGUCGCUAGUCACCUUCUUCUCUGGGUGAUACAGGUUUCCCCUCUUCUCAAAAACCAGCAUAAUUCUAGUUCAAUAUGGAAACCAAAAAGGUUUUUCAUCUGCUCUGACAAAGACAUUUGGUAUCAAAUUUCAUGACUUAGAGCAAAGUUUGAGGAAAAAAUCGAAUAUUUCAUUUGAAUCACUGAUGAACUUUGACAAUUCGAACGGAAUAUUUUUUUUUUUUCUCAAACUGUGCUGAGAGCCUUUAAAUUUGUAUACUAAAGGUCCAGAGUUUUAACAGUUCUUGUAACUGUCGAGUUCAGGCUUUUCACUAUUUUUUAAAGUAGAAGGGUGCCUAAGGUUGAUUAGGCGAGGAAAGUUGGAAAAGGGGUUUGAGAGUCGACUUGUCCAUUUUGCUUAAAGGCAAGUACUGUGCUCAGAGAACAUUGACAAAGUGCCAGUACCUGGGACUUAGCUUCUAAUAAAACCCUUAUAAACUUCACAGUAACUCCUAAAUAGAGUUAGUUACAUGUAGAUAAAGACAGAAAAAUAAAUAUUUUCCUUUGGGAUGACUCAGGUCAGGAUCAGUGAUCAGAGAUCUCUUGGAUCAUAGUACACCAAAGUAAUCAUUGAAUUCACCCUGGGCAAGGUUUCAUCAGUUCCUUUAAUGUGCUGUGAUCUGAUUACUGCUCAUGGGUGACUGCUCAUGAUCCAGAUCAGAUUUCAGAUUCAGAUUUUUUAUUUAUUGCACUAUUUCAAGAGUUUACUAUAACAAAAAUACAAUACAUUACAAAAGUAAAAUAAAACAACAUGAAAUUACAUAAAUCAUCAAAGGUGAAAUGUCACAGUCUCAGAGACCAACGAAGCUUAGGCUUUCGAGGUUGGUCACUGCCACGUGCAACUAACUGGUGUAGACAUUUGAGUAGCGUAUAAUAGAGAUGGGAAACUUAAAAGUGCGUAAAGUCAUACUUACAAUUUUAUAUAAAAAACAAUAGAAAUUAGAAUUGAUAGCGAGGGCAGAGAAAUCAAAUUACUCAUUGGGUAGUUAUUAGGUACAGUUUGUAUUGCUUGUAGAAGCUAUUAUAAGAAAGUUUUUGUAAUUUAGAGGGAAUUUUUUCCCAGUUUUUAAAACCAGCAAAAGCAAAAGUGGCAGCUCCAUAAUUAUUUCUUUUCCUUCAGUGGCCAAUGAAAAAAAUUAAGGUACCCUAAGCUAGUUUGAAAUCAUUGCAACCCUAAGAUCAGUUUAAACCCAGCUUUUCAUUUUUCCGAUGUAUUUUAUGUUUUCAGUUAUUCAAUGGAGGACAUGUAUGCAGUUGUUUCUGAUGUUGAAGAUUAUAAGCACUUUGUUCCAUGGUGCAGGGACUCAGUUAUUUUGAUCAGAAAGCCAGGUCAUCUAAAAGCAAAGUUAGCAGUUGGUUUCCCACCUGUGGUGGAAAAAUACAGCUCAUCUGUUACGCUUGUUCCACCAAACUUAGUGAAGGUACCAGUCAACUUUAACAGUCAAAACACAGCUGAGUUGUAAUAAGACUGGUUAACCUCUGAUGUUGGGUUAACUGCACCAACAGUACAGAAGAGUUUUCAUCGUACACACUGGAUGUGUGCUAAUUAAUUACGCUUUGAGGUUUUUUUAAAAAAACAUUCCUUUCAAGGGAGAAUGAAUGUGUUCAUUAGAGGGAAUAAAAAUUUGAAACGCAAUGGUUGCUGCAUUUUUUGUGAUAAUAUGACCAGUUUCUUGAUCCUUUUUCCAGUGUUUAUGCCUGUUUGUAAAUUUGUGAUCUUAUUAGCUUUUCGUUUUUUAUUGCUGUUUCUCUACAAUGUACAUGUACAUGUAAAAUGGUUUGCAACAGGAUGAGUGCAGCUUUGUUUAGAACUGUUGGUGACAUGACAGUGGCCUGUGUCCUUAUCAUUCACAGUACCAAAUCAUAGGAAGGAACUGUGUGGUGUCCCAAGAAGAUGUAACAGUGAUUUAUGAAAACAAACUCACUCAGAGAUUUUUAUGGCUUAAAAAUGCUACCAAUACAAGAAAACCAUUCAAAUUUCAGGGCCAGUUAUUUAAACAGAGUUUAGCCAGUGUUUAACAAGACCAUGUUCUUAACUAUUUCAGUUUGAUGUACUCUUUCAUGUCAACACCAUUUAUCAUGAACAGUUUCAUAAAAUGCAUAUAAAGUAGAAUAGAAAAGCAUUAAUUUUUUUGUCUUCUUAAAGUAACCCACUAAGGAAGAGACCUGGAGGUUCAAAGAUUUCCUAAGCCGCGGUCUAAGUUAGACUUUGUUUAAAUAACUGACCCUCAGUGUUUAUAAAUGAAGUGGUUACUUUCUUGGAGAUAUUACUUGCUCAGCAAUAUUGUUGCUCUUGAUCUCACUGUAGGCUGAGUGCACAGAUGGAGAGAUGUUUAACUAUAUGAAGACAAUUUGGAAGUUUAGUCCUGGCUAUCCAGGAAACCCAAACACUUGUACAUUGGACUUUUAUGUAAGUAAAUGUUCAAUUAUUUUUUUGUAUUUUUGAUGAUGCAACCCUUAACCCCUUAUUUUUUGUUUUUAAAAAGAGUUCAUAUUCAAGUACCUUGCAAAAGAACCAUCAAUGAGGUUCCGCAUGACUUAAAACCUACAAUAUUCAAUAUUAAAUGACACAACUGGCUCUUUUAGUAAGAAAUAGUAAGCACAAUACCAAAAUGAAAUCCCCUCAGACUAUAUCUUUCUGCAGCAAGACUCUUUAAUUUACAAAUGGGCCAUCAUUGUGAACUGAUUGAAUUUAAAUAAUACAGUUUUUAACACUUUUCACUCUGUUUGCAACACUUUGUUAUUUUAGUCGGUCCUCAGCUCUAAUCUAUUUCUGUUUACUGGAAUUCUUGUCUGUAAACCACUUAUUGUGACACAGGUACUGGGGGUACAUGUAUCCUCAAGAAAGAUUGCUAUGUUAUUUGACAUAUUUAUUUUGAUAUGAAUACACACAGUUUUGUAUAGGUGGAAUCCUGUCUAAUGAAAUGUCUGGUUCAUUCCUCUGCAGAUAGAGUUUGAGUUUCGAUCAAUCCUCCAUUCUAAGCUUUCCACUGUGUUUUUUGAUGAAGUUGUGAAAAAAAUGGUGAAAGCGUUUGAAAAACGGUGUUACUAUCUAUAUGGUCCUGGACAUCUUCAUAAUACAGUUAAAGCUAGAACAGCACCAGCAGGUAUGGUCAAU